UCGUAAAGACGGGAAAAUACUUGGAGCCGGAUUGAGGAUUGGGAGUGGGGGUAGAGCUACAGUGUUUACUGGAGCGAAAAUUUUGAGGAUAGUACACUGUGCACAGUGGAUCUAAGGGUGUGAAAGUGAAAAUGCGGAAGAAGACGGGGGCGAAGAUUCAGCUUCAUGACUAUGAAGUUUUCCUCGAGAAUCCUUACCGAUUAGACUUCACUAACGACCAUCUUAACCAGAUUAUCCAAAUGCACGGAUUCAUCAAACUACACAAGCGUCGCAAGGAGGAACUUUUGGAAGCAUUGAGCACCAUAGAUCUGAUGCAUCCACCAAGAUCCACUCUCAACGAGGGAUCAUCGCCGUACGAUUCGUCCCUCACCAUCGAUGAAGUGAACAAAGACCUGGAAGCUCUCGAAUGGCAGGAGUGCCCCGUUCAAUCCCUCCAAACCCUCGGUCCAUCCAUACCGACCAUCGACGGCGCCGGAAAUGACGUGUCCCCGGCCUUCAAGAUCACCGUAAAAAAGCCAAGAACGAAGAGGAGAAGGACGAGGCGCAUAAGCGAUCUGAGCCGUGGAUUUGCGUGAGGGUGAUCGAAUUUGAAUGAUUGAAUCUCAUCCGUUGAUGAGAAAGGGAGUGUGUCUUUUAGUGUUUUUGUCGUGUGCGCCAGCUCUGUACAAGGAGAGUGGGCAGCUUUUUGGUAGGGGGGAGCGCACAUCUCAUGCCGCAUCGAACGGUGGCAGUGAGAUACUCUAUGAUUAUGUAGAGCAGAGGUGGGGCACAGGGGGACGUGGAUCCUCUCCAUUAGUUUUCUGUCCAUAUUUGUAUAUUGAGUCAAAGGGCUUUGGAUUUACUACCCACCUUGACAAUACCUUUCACUGCAAUAGUAGGCCAUCUUCUAGACCCUGUGCAAAAAGUUCAUAGCACCCAAACAAAUAAAUACAAUUACUUGUAAGCUUUUUAUUUGGAA